AUGGCGGAGAGGACGGAGGUGACAAACGUUACAGUCGGCGAUAUUUUCCAUGCAACUCCUUUAAUAAAGUGGACGUCUGUGUACACUAAAUUACUUAUAUCCAUCCGGAAAGAAAACGAGAAGCUUUUCAACACAGGAUGUUCAAGGAAAAAAGUAAUUUGGGCGCGAGUUGCGGAGAAAUUCAACGAGGAGAUUGACGAUGUUUACACGACUGGUGAUCAGUGUCAGAGUAAGUGGAAAAAACUUGAGCAAAAGUAUAAAGACGUAAAGCUUCACAACAGCCAGUCAGGAAAUAAUCGCAAGGAAUGGGAGUUCUAUGACUUGAUGGAUGAUGUAAUUGGAAACAAUCCAAAUGUUGUGCCUGUAUGUACAAUGAGUACCAUAGGGGAUGAAAAAGAUACCAUUGGCAUUGAGGAUGAAGAUGAGGAGAAGGAAGUACAAGAAGGGAGUAAAAAGAAAAAAAAGAGGAGAGGCAGCUCUACCUCGACAGCUGUUGUUGAGUUUUUGAGUGGUUAUGCCACAGAAAAUAAAUCGAAUGAAAGAGAAAAAAUGGAUAUGCUGCAAAGAAUGCAUGAUGAUAAAAUGGAUAUAAUGAACAGGUUUCUCACACUAAUGGAGAGGCAACACCAUGUUUGA